AUGGGGGACCCGGGUGGAGGCGACUCGGUGUUCCCCUCGCUCAAAGCGAGCGGGUCUUCAGCUACUGGGCCUUCCGCGGGCGCAACCGCGAGUUCACACUCGGGAGCUGCCGGCGGCUCUUUGUGUUCGCCUGGCAAUGCGGCCUCGAAAACUGCGACGGUCUUCUCUUCUCCGUCCACAGGGGGAGGAACGCUUAGCUCCCUUCCUGCGGCGUCGGGCAACACCAGUGGCCUAGGGACGGUGGAAAAUGGCCAGAACAGUGGAGAGGAAGGCAACCCUGGAAAGGCCCCGCUAAGCGGUUCUCCGACAGCGGGCAGCGUGUCCUGUUCGGGUGCGCCUCCGAGUGAAGGGGAUGGCGCCGGAAGUUCUCUGCGGGCGCCGUCCUCGCAAACCACUUCGGCGGGAAAUGUUGAGAAUGGAGCGAAAAGUGGAUCUCCCGGCGGAAGCGGUCCGCCUGGCGGAGCGGGAGGCGCGCCGCUCUCUCAGGCGCAACAGCUUCUCGCACUCGCCGGCAAGCCUGCACAGGACUUCGAAGCCGAGGUCAAUAGCUGCUUUCAGAAGAUGUACUCAGGCAUCUACUCCGUGGACAUGGUAGUCGCUCUCCUCCAGCGGCUGUCGCAGGCCCCGCCGGGAUCACGAGACAGCAGUUUGUUUGUGUCCAUGAUUCGAACCCUCUUCUUUGAAUGCCGCCACUUCCCGAAAUACCCGCCUCACGAGCUGGCUCUGACGGCAGAGCUGUUUGGCCAGCUCAUCCACCGCCACGUCCUCAUCAACAGCGGGAACUCGCUCAUGAUUGCCUUGCGCUGUGUGUUGGAAGCCAUACGCAAAGGGCCGACUUCGAAAAUGUUUGUCUUCGGCAUCGCAGCCCUCGAGCAGUUUCUGGACCGUAUCUUCCUCUUCCCUCAAUUCCUCGUCGCCCUCGCCUCACUCGCGGAAUUGCAGCAGCAGCAUCCGCACUACGCCCACUACGCUCAAUCCGUUCUUCUGCUGAUUCCAGAAAAAUACCACUCCCUAGUCGUCUUAGACCCUCGCAUCGCGGCCUCGCUUCCCCCUAUGCCGGACCUGCCUCCUGUGGUCGGAGUCGCCGCAGCGACGCGACAAGCGGCCGGCGCAACGGGCGUCGGCGAGGUCGCGCAGACGUCGGAGCCUCCGUCUGCAUCUUCCUCGUCUGUGAUGUCGGCGAUGCUGCCUCCCCCGCACGCGCUCCAACACCCCGUCGCGGCGUCGAUUCAGCAGCAGCUCCAGGCGGCUGCCGCGAAGGUGAUGAACUUGUCUUCUCUGUCUCCGGGACAACCUGCGGGUCCGGGGGGCGGUAGCAGUGCAGGCGCGGCGGCCUUCGGCGCAGGCAACAACUCGCUCCACGGCUUGCCGCACAGCACGUCUUUGAUCCAGGGCACUCCGGCGCUUCCGAAUCCGCCGCUCGGGGCCUCGCCUUCUCAGGGGGGGUCUGGAGCGCCCGGCAGCCUCCCAGGGAUCGCUGCCCACACCAGCUUGCCAGGGACGACCAGCGGGAACGGCGCAGCUGCAGGCAACAAGGGCGCCUUGGGCGCGCUUGCUGGAAACGCUGCGGCCGCGUCGAUAAGCAGCCACACAGGGGCCCUCGGCGGCGUGCUGGGGGCGGGGGCGUUGCUGCAGGGCGUCGGUCUCGGCCAGGUGGAAGGCCUGAUGAACGACCAGGACAUCACGGCGAAGCUGGAGCAGCCUCCGCAGUGGUUGGCGGACCAGGUCAUUGCGGUUUGCAACAGCGUCUGCGAGGGAAAUUUGGACGACAAAGCGGAGAGUUUGAAAGAGGUGUUGACAGAGGAGCACGUGCCUUGGCUGACGUACUACGUCGUCAAGAGUCGGGCGGCAAAGGAACCCAAUCUCCACGGGAUUUUCGUUCUUUUCAUCGAGAAGCUGAAGCUCCCGGGUCUCUGGGACGCGGUCAUCAACAUGACCUACGACUGCAUUCACGUCCUACUCAAAUACGUCGACGAAGCAAAGGAAUCGAGCUCGUACAGGACUCUCCUCAAGAACCUCGGCCUGUGGCUCGGCUCCAUCACCCUAGCCAGGAAUCGACCUCUGAAGUCGAAGCGAAUGGACCUGAAACAGCUCCUGUUCACGGGGUACGAGCAGGGACACCUCGUGGCUGUCUUGCCGCUGGUGUGCAAAAUUCUGGAAGGCAUAAAGACCUCGAAACUCUUCAAACCGCCGAAUCCGUGGACUGUCGCCGUCAUGUCGCUUCUCGCCGAGAUUCACCUGCAACCGAACAUCCGAACCAACUUGGUGUUCGAGGUGGAGGUCCUCUUCAAACAUUUGCACCUAAAUGUCAUGGAGUACCACAACCGCACGGAGCACUUGACGAAGCGGUCUCCGCCGCCAGGGUCGGCUGACUUCGUUGUGCGCGCAACCGCGGCCACGGGCGUGGCGCCUGCGACCGCGGCUGGCGCGCACCUUGGAACCGCAGGCACCGGCGUGCCGGGAGGUCCCCAAGGGACUGCGGCGGGCGCUGCGGGGCGACCUGGUGGGGCCGCAGCCGGUGGAGUCCCAGGAGCCGUUCGUGCGCCGGGUGCGAUGGUUGGGCGCCUGCCUGGGGCGUCGGGCCUGUCUCUGAACGCGGUUGCCGCUGCGGCUGCACUCGGCCUGGGGCCAUCUGGCGGCGCUGGCUCGGGCGCAGAUCCCUCGUCCUCUCGCCUCGGCGUUCAACAUCGAAGGGGUCUCCAGGGCCUUGGCCCUGGCGGUCCUGGGCAACUGGACGCGUCCUCUGGAGCCCACGGGCGUCUCAUGGAGGCGGCAGCUGCAGUUGCUUCGGCGGCUGCAGGCAUGGGCCGGCCCGGUGGAGCCUCGGGGGCCGGUGUCUCUCUCGGCGGGGCGCCUCAGGCUGGGGUCGGUUCGGGCCCAGCGGUGCCCGGCGUUGGGCUCCAGCAAGGCCCAGGGGGCUCGGGAGGAAGCGCACAAAACGCAGCGGCGGUCGCGGCAGCAGGCAUGGGGAUGCUCCAAAAUCCAAGUCAGGGCGAGGGUGGAGCAGGGCCAAGUCCGGAGGGCCUCGAGAUAGGUGGCCAUCUGCGUGUGGGGUCGGAUGACGGCGCCGGAGGCGUGUUGGCUCUCGGCGGCGGAAGGGACAGUCACCUUCUGUCGGUCGGCGAACCCGGCUCGUCGGGCGCAGGUCUCAUGGGGACGGCGGGAGGCGGAAGUGCCGCGAGUCCCUUCGGCGCCGGCGCGGGCGUCAUGGGAGGACCCGGCGCCGGCGGAUAUGGAGGCAUGGGGCAACACGCAGGCGGACCGCCUUCCGCUCAUCCUGCGUCUUGGUCCUCGUCUCUCUUCCAGGGCGGAGGCGGGGUCAUGACGCCGCCGCCCCCUCACUACCCCCACGGUGCCCUGCUGCCGCUUCUCGGGUCUCUGGGGGCGUCGGGAGGAGCCGAUCAGCAAGGGUCGAAUGUGGGGUCUUCGGGCGUCUUCCACCCUGAUCGUCUGCUUCAGAACCUCAGCCAGAGUGUCGUCAUUUCCCCCUCGAUUGCUCUCCUGUGCAUUCAACCCAACCUUCGCCCGCUGGUCCCGCUCGCGGUGGACAGAGCGAUCAGAGAAAUCAUUUCGGCUGUCGUCGAACGCUCAGUCACGAUCUCCUGCGUCACGACGCGGGAAUUAGUGUGCAAGGACUUCUGCAUGGAGAGUGAGGAGUCUCUCGUCAAACGGGCAGCGCACCUCAUGGUCGCGUCGUUGGCCGGCUCCCUGGCGCUCGUCACGUGUCGAGAGCCGUUGCGCGUUUCCCUCAGUCAGAAUCUUCGCCAGCUGCUCCAGCCUGCGGCGUCAAGCGACUGCAAUGACCAGGUGUUGAUUGAGCAAGUGGUCCAGAUCGUCUCUGCGGAUAACCUGGAACUCGGCUGCUCCCUCAUUGAGCAAGCAGUGGUGGAGAAAGUUCUUCGGGACAUCGAGCAGACCAUGCAACCUGCGCUGCUGAUUCGGCGCCAGGCGCGCGAGCGUGGCAUUCCCUUUGUUGACACCAACUACAUCAACAGCAGUCGGUGGACUGUGAACCUUCCGGAGGCCGUGAAGCUUCGCCCCGUCCUCAACAACCGACAGCUGCAGGUGUACAAGGACUUUUUGAGCAUCGGCCCGCUGAAGAAAAUGCAACAGGAUGCCGGGCACAGCAGUGGGAUGACGCCAAUGUCGGGAAGCGGGGGGCUCCACUCGACCCAGACGGGCGCGGGCCACGUCGGGCCUGGGAGUCUGGGCGCCCCAUCCGGCGCGUCUCCGGGGCAUCUCCAGGGGGCUGGCGGCGCGUCCUCGUCUGUGGGGUCGGUCCAGAUGGGCUUGGGAGGCCUGGGCGCGAACAGCGCGACCCCGGGGCUGGGGGGGAACUCGGCCUCGCACGGGCUCGGCUCUUCCGGGGCAGUCCCCGGACCCCACAGCCACCAGCUUGGCGCGGGCGUGAUGGGCAUGAGCGACGCGGGCCCCUCCGGCGCGUUUCAGGGUCUGCCGGGCAAUCAGCUCGGCAGAAACCUGCUCGGCCCGAAUAACGGGACGAGCUUUCUGGGAAGAGAGAACCUGCAACAUCUCGCCCAGCAGCAAGCUCAGGUGUCGCAUGCGGCCCGACUCCUAGGCCAGCAGCAGGGGAACAAGCUGCUGGCCUCUUUUGGACACACGCAGGGAGCGGGACUCCACCUGCAGAUGGGAAACGCGUCUGCGGGUCCAGGAGGGCCUUUGGGAGGAGCGGGAGGGGCGACUGCGGGGAACGCGAACGCUUCCGGUCUCCACUCGGCGGGCGACCGAGCCCUAGGGUCGCCAGCGGCAGGAACGGCCAGUGCGAACCUCGGGUGCGGCGUACGUGAGCCGGUCAUGGUGCAGCCGAUGGGAGACGCCCAUUUGUCAACGGUCAUGGCCCGACUCGAGGACUGCCUGGUACAGUUGCGGGACGUUGUGCGGGAUAUCUUCACUUGUCCUCCGAUUGUCCCGACGCCGUCCACCAUCGACACCUACUCCACGCCAGCUGGAAGCCAAGCGUGCGCGCUGCCUGUGCCUCACUGCGCGACGCCAGUGCUCACAGUAUUUGCGUGCCUGCCUUCGAAUCACGAAGUGUUCCAGUUGAUUCUCGCGGUCUCGGCGAUCGCAGGCAGCUGUCCACGCGUGGAGGAAGUUGCCCCGACGCUGGCCCACAAGCUCAUCAAGAGCGUUUUUGAGGGCGCAUCUUUGGCAGCCAGUAGAACGAGUCAUAACGCCAUUCGAGGAAUCGAUCCAACAGGCCUUUACAUGGAAGUCUUCUUCGCCGUUCUCGCGGCGCUCCGCCGGCAGAGCGAUGUGGUGUCCAAGCUGGCCGGGGAGGUCUUGAGCAUCUCUUGUUCCUCCGCGACAAUCCCUCCGAAAAAGAGCAACACGACGGUGGCGGCGGGUCUCGUCCGCUACCGUCUCGUGAGUUUGGCAGCCUUCGACUUGGUUCUCGCAAACCACUUGGACAACGGCCGAAACGUGGCGGUUCUGGAAUUCAUUCUGGCGCUUCUCAAGACUCUCCUCGACCAGAGGGCCAUCACCCCAGCCGAUUUGCCAACCACAUUCAAAACCCUCGCUGAGGCUCCUGCGACGACGCUGCCCGCCAAGCUGGUUCAACUCAAAGGCUGGCAACCGCUGCCGAUGGCUGAGGCCAGAACCAAACUCGUUGAAGCCUUCCGCGAAGAGGAAGAGGACCGAAAAAAGAAUCCUCGCGAGCGGCUGACGACGAUGACGGAGUUGAUGGAGUCGUACUACAGUGUGAAUCCGGUCCGAGUCCGCAGUUUGCCGUGUCUCCCGGCGAUUCCGCAGAAAGACCACCAGCUGAUAACGAUGAUUUUCGGCGAAUGGCUGCGUUUCUGUGCAUGCGUGAGUCCGUUCGGAGGCCAAGGCAGCGAGAGAGGCGCGUCGGCGCUCGCGGGCCAGGGCGGCGCAGGCAACGCCAGCGGCGGCUUCGGAAACACAGACGGCGCCUCGCUGCUCCGAGCGACUUUCUUUCAGCGAGUGUCGCAUCAGGGGCUCCUCCGCAUGGACGAGGACACAGACCGUUUCUUCGCGGUGUGUGUCGAGCAGGCAGUCGCGUGCUCGCUGCGGUUCCGGGAAGACUCGAAGAGCGCAGAAGCGACCGUCGGUGCCGCGGAUGCGGUCGACGCGGGCGAAUCCGCGGGAACGAAGAAUGCGGAGGAGAGCGCAGACGCGCGUGACAGCUCCGGCGCCGAACCGGGCAAGAAGGACGAAGAGGCGGAGGGAGAAGGAGAGCGCGCCGAGGAAGCCUGCGAGAAGGAGGGGCGCGCGGCGGAGAAAGGCGGGCGGCUGUCUGGGGCAGCGGCGGACACCGAAGACGCAUCCAAGUCCGGGAAGGGGGCGAAAUCGCCGCUUCCAUCUGCAGGGAAGCACGAGGCGAAGAGUGAGGGAGAGGAGGCACACUCGUCCGCGGCGACCGGCACGGAAAGCAGCCAAGACGCGCCGAGUCGCGCUACGGGAGGCCGACGGCCGUCUGGCGCGUCUUCGCUGAUUCUCGAGUACGAUGCCUCAACGGUCAGCGCAGAGAGCCUCGCGGCCAUGCAGACCCCGCCGGACGAGUCAGAACCGCUCCUCGACGUGGCGCCGCUGGAUGCCGUGGCGAAGAUGAUUGUCGGGAUGAUGCGGCUGGUUGAUCCGGUCCAAAUCUCGCCGGUGAUGAUUCUGCAGAGGGCUUUGGGGAUCAUUUGUCGGCACAUCCACAUGGAGGCGGAGCGUCUGGGCCCCGCGUUCACCCAGCGCCCGUACUACCGUCUGCUUCUCGCCAUUCUUUUGGAAAUCACUUCGCCUGCGGGAAAGGACGCCACCGGAGGCGGCGACGGCAAGGCGGUGUUGGGCGGCGGCGUCAGUGAGAGCCAGGUACUGCCUUCGCUUCUGUCCUUUGCGGAGCAUCUUGUCCUGCUCAAUCCGAUGCGCGUGCCUGCCUUCGCGUUCGCCUGGCUGGGUCUCGUCGGCCAUCGGGCGUUCAUGCCGCGCUUGCUGAAGAGCGGCCGCGGUUGGGCGUGUCUCCACCGGCUGCUGCUGCUCCACCUGGAAUUUCUCCAGCCCCUCCUGCGCAACCUCGCGCUGUCGGACAGCAUUCGCCUCCUGUACAAGGGCGCGCUCCGGAUCCUCCUCGUCUUGCUCCACGACUUCCCGGAGUUCCUGUGCGAAUACCACUUCUCGUUCUGCGACGUGCUGCCGCUGAACUGCGUCCAGCUGCGCAACGUGGUCCUGUCGGCGUUUCCGCGCAACAUGAAGCUUCCAGACCCGUUCCUCCCGAACCUCAAGGUCGAUCUGCUGGCGGACAUCAAGACGGUACCGCGCAUCCUCUCCAGCUUCACCGUGACGCUCCUCCAGAAAGGCUUGAAAAAGGACAUCGACACGUUCUGGCGGACUCGGGACGCGACGCUGCUGUCGGUGAUGCGGUCGAAACUCCUUCUGGACCGGGACAGCGCCCUGCAGAUCGGCACCAAAUACGACGUUCCGCUCCUCAACGCCUUCCUCCUCUACGUGGGCACAGCCGUGCCCGAAAAGGUUGGCACAGGCAGCGACAGGCCUGCGUUGAUCAUGGAUGCGAUGUUGGGCAUCGCCAGCCUCGGGGGCGCGUCCGGAGGGCGAACCGGCGAGCUGUCUCCCUCGCUGGAGAUCCUGCUGUACAUGGCGAAGGAACUCGACAUGGAGGGCCGUUAUCUGCUCAUGUCGGCGAUUGCGAACCACCUCCGGUACCCAAAUGCGCACACGCACUACUUCUCCUGCGUCCUCCUCUGGCUCUUUGGCGAAUCUCGAGAAGAGUUGAUUCAAGAACAAAUCACCCGAGUGCUCCUGGAGCGACUGAUCGUCCACCGGCCUCAUCCCUGGGGUCUGCUCAUCACCUUCAUCGAGCUCAUCAAGAAUCCGAGGUUCAAUUUCUGGAGUUGCUCAUUCGUCUCGGCGGCCCCGGAGGUGGAGAAACUCUUCCAGUCGGUGGCGCACACCUGCUUGGGUCAAAGCGGAGCCCAGCAGUUGCAGCAGCAACGGCGGCGGUAG